AUGCCACCAACCAAAGACAAAAAGUCUGAAAUUAGGGAGAAAAACAUAAUAAGGAAGAUUCCAAAGAGUUCAACGGAACGUGUUCGUGCAUUUCGUGCACGGCAGAAGGCGUUAUUAAAUGUACAGAAUAAUAUCACUAAUGCGGAUAAUAAUGCGUCCACUGUUAGAAAUAGUAAAAACGAUUAUUAUGAUUCGCAAUUGGAUAUUGUGAAUUGUGAUUCAAGUGUCUCUCGACUGAAAAUUAACGCCGAACAGUGUCGUGAAAAUCUGCAAAAAGAAAAUAUUGGGGAAAUUUCAAAGAGUGAGACGACAAAUGUCUACUUUGAUACUGAAAUGAUCAAUUACAAUAUUUCCGGACGUAUCGUGAAUGGAACAAAAGCAGCGAUUAGUCAAUUUCCACAUCAGGUAUCAUUGAGGCGUUCUUGGUCUGGAAAUCAUUUCUGUGGAGGAAGUAUUGUCAGCGAACAUAUAAUUUUAACAGCAGCCCAUUGCAUGUAUCGCAACGAUGAAGUUAUAUUACCAUGGACAGUUAUGGUUGUUGGCGGAGAAAUGCAAUUAGAUCGUAUGACGAAGGCUGGUCAAAAAAGGGGCGUAAGAGAAAUUAUCGUUCAUCAGCAAUUUAAUCCGAAAACUUACCAAAAUGAUAUCGCUAUACUCCAGUUAAAAGUACCAUUUAAAUUUACGCCACAACUGAAGCCAAUUCAAUUACCAAAAGACCAAGUUCCACCGGGUACAAUCUGUCAAGUAUCAGGCUGGGGUUACCCUUCAGAGGACUUUCCAAUUGUUACCAACGAUUUGAUGUACGUGGAUAUGCCAAUUUUAAGUAUGGAAAAUUGUCGUAAGUUGCUCGAAAAUGUGACGAAUUUACCACCAGGAAUGUAUUGCGCUGGUUACAUCGAUGGCUUGAAAGAUGCGUGCCAGGGUGAUUCCGGUGGUGGAAUGGUUUGCGACGGUGUUCUAAUGGGUAUCGUUUCCGCCGGUGAGGGUUGCGCGAGACCAAAACUUCCCGGAAUUUACACGGACGUUUUAUUUUACAAACAUUGGAUAACGUAUCCCAUAGCUUACGAAAAAUCCAUACGAGAUGAUUCGGAAGAUCCUUAUAGCGCUGCUAAUAAGAUACAAUCUACCGCCAUUACGAUAGUUACAUUUUUCUCAAUAUAUUUGUACAAAUUGUUAGUACUUUAG